GGCACGUCUACUCUUCUUGCUGCAACUCUCAUUUUUCUGACCGUCUCUCCUUUCUUCACUUCUCAUGGUAUCCUAAUGAUUCUUCUGGUGACCCAAUUUAUCGCUCUCUGAAUUAACCCCCCCGAUCUGGGCGCUGCUGCGUGCACACUGCCCGCCAUGGACAUCCAGGAGACCCAGCGUCUCUUGUCAGAGUACCUGCACGAACUCUCCAAUCUCUUCCAUCGGCUCCCCGGCUCAGCCAUCUUCCUGCGCUACGUCAAGUCGAGUUAUCAGAAUGAUCCGAUCCGUUCCGCCGUCGAGUUGUUCCUGUUCCUCUUCGCCGUUCGCUAUCUCCUUGCCCCCAAGUAUUCGACCAAACCGGGCGUAGUCCAGCUCUCCGAGGAUGAGAUCGACGAUUUGGUGGACGAGUGGACGCCGGAACCCCUGGUCGGGAAGCCGAGUGCGCUGGAGGAGAUGGAGGUGGAUAAGCGGACGGUGAUUGUCGGGCCCGUCGGUCCCAAGUCAAAAUUGUCGAAUGGCCGGACGGUUACGAAUCUCGGCUCUUACAACUUCUACAACUUUAAUACGAACGAAUCGCUCAAGGAAAAGGCUAUCCAGACGCUCCGGAACUAUGGCGUUGGCCCUUGUGGCCCCCGCGGUUUCUACGGUACUCAGGACGUGCAUAUGAAGACGGAGGCUGAUGUGGCGUCUUUCCUUGGGGUCCCUGAUUGUAUUAUCUACGCCCAGGCUUUCUCGACCAUUUCUAGUGUGAUUCCGGCGUUCUCCAAGCGUGGGGAUAUCAUCGUGGCGGAUAAGGGUGUUAGCUUUGCGAUCCGAAAGGGUAUCCAGAUCUCUCGCAGCAUCGUUCGGUGGUAUGAGCAUAAUGACAUGGAGGAUUUGGAGAGGGUACUUGCCAAGGUCACUAAGGAGCAGGCCCGCAAGCCUCUCACCCGGCGGUUCAUCAUCACUGAAGGCCUGUUUGAGUCGUACGGCGACUUGGUUGACUUGCCUAAGAUUAUCGAGCUGAAACUCAAGUACAAGUUCCGACUUAUCCUAGACGAGUCGUGGUCGUUUGGCGUCCUCGGAAGAACCGGACGGGGCGUGACGGAGCACCAGAACGUGGACGCGGCGGAGGUUGACAUGAUCGUGGGCUCGCUGGCCGGCCCGUUGAUCGCGGGAGGUGGCUUCUGCGCCGGUUCGGAGGAGAUCGUCCACCAUCAGCGCAUUUCCGCGGCCGCGUACACUUUCUCCGCCGCCCUGCCGGCGCUCCUCUCGACUACUGCCAGCGCCACGAUCAACAUGCUCCAGAACAGCCCCGAGACCGUGUCCCAGCUGCGCGAGUAUACCAAGACGAUUCGGGCCCAGCUGGAUCCCCGGAGUGAUUGGGUCUAUUGCAUGAGCGCACCGGAGAACCCGAUUUUGCUGCUUGUUAUCAAGCCGGAGGUUGUUUCUGCUAAGAAACUUUCCAUUGAUGAUCAGCAGUUUCUGCUGCAAGAUGUUGUUGACGAGUGCCUUGCAAACGGUGUCCUCAUCACCCGUUUGAAGACCCUCCAGGACAACUUCGAACCCAAGCAGUUCAUUCCACCGGCAUUGAAGGUGUGCGUGACGACCGGCUUAACAAAGAAGGAAAUCGAGAAAGCCGGGACGACGAUCCGCCAUGCCGUCACCAAGGUUCUCAGCAAGAAGAAAUAAACGCUGUGUACGCCUUUGAUCUCUUGGAAGAUUCGACCACGAAAACUCAUGCUCCGAUGACGCUUGUUGCCCCCCCCCCUCAUAUCUCCCUAUGUCUUAAUUUCCUCCCUUCGUCCCUUGUACAUCUUUCUUCCGACCCUGUUGUAAGCACAGUUCCCAUAUGGUCGUCAUACCCACCAGGAUGCCGUUUACUCCCCGAGGAUGGGCGGGCAUGUUCGGACUGCAUUGACAGCAGAGAAAAACAAGCGGUCACCUGCCGCGGGUUCACUUUCCGGUUGACGAAUAAUUCGUCGAACUUAUUCUGUACUGCACAUUAUUAGAGAAUAUUUUGUUUAAUAUGAAUUUUUAUCCUUUC